AUGGGGGGCGAAGGAGCCAACUCAGGGACUGUAACAGGUGGCCACUUCGACGUGUUCUUGAGUUUUCGAGGACCCGACACUCGCGACACAUUCACAGAUUGCCUUUAUGAGUUCAUGAACCAAAAAGGAAUCCGCAUUUUUAGGGACGAGGAAGCGUUAGGCCAGGGAAAAAACAUCUUGGAGAUCUUGGAAGCAGUAAAAUGCUCCCAAAUAUACAUUAUUAUUUUCUCCCAAGGCUAUGCUUCGAGUCGAUGGUGCCUUCGAGAGCUGACAUGCAUCAUGGAGUGCAAUUGCCAAUCCAUAGAGAAAGAUAUACUACCCAUCUUUUACAAUGUGGAACCCUCGGAUGUUAAGCUUGAAACGGAACUGUACACUAGCGCUCUAAACAAGCAUGAGGAGGAACUUGGCUGCACUGAAGUGAAGCCUUGGAAGGAGGCUUUGACAAAGGUGGCUACAAUCAAAGGAUGGUGUUUGAAAGGUCAAAGGCAUGGCAAGGUCAUGGCAGACAUCACUGAAAAGGUCUUGCAGAAGAUCACAAUAAGGAAAAGAUAUUUGCCCACUUAUCUGGUUGGUAUUGAUGAUCAUGUAGAAGCCAUAAAGAAACUGUUAAGUUGUGAUACUGGUGGUGUACGAUUUGUCAUUAUCUAUGGGAUAGGUGGCAUUGGGAAGACAACUCUUGCCGAGAAAGUGUUCAACCAACUCUCUCCUCAAUUUGAAGGUCACUCCUUCCUUUCGAACAUCCGUGAGUCAUCUUCAUGUUGUGGCAUUGUAAAAAUGCAAAGAAAAUUAGUUGCUGAUCUUUUUGGUUUCUCGCUUCACGAAACCAUUGACCGUAAGGAAGGGACUAAUACGAUCAAAGAAAUAUUACCUAACAAGCGUGUCUUACUUGUUUUGGAUGACAUGGAUGAAAAUGAACAAUUUAUGAAUCUAGCAAUGAAUUCUUAUUCAUAUGGUCCGGGGAGUCGGAUCGUCAUUACAACUAGAGAUUUUCCUAUGACCAAUGUCGAUGGACUGGAAGAAAAUAUCUUGACACGACCUCCACAAAUUUUGCUGUACGAAAUGAAGGAGAUGCAUUUUGAUCAUGCUCUUCUACUUUUCAACAAGCAUGCUUUCAACACAGAUUUGGCUCCUUGUGAUCUUUAUGAUCUUUCCAGACAAGUUGUUGAACUCACCGGAGGACUUCCAUUGGCUCUUAAAGUGAUAGGUUCACAUCUUCGUACCAUAAGUAAAGCAAAGUGGAAAACCACACUGACGAAGUUGAAGGAAGUGCCUCACGAAAAGGUCCAACAGAGGUUAAAGAUUAGUUAUGAUGCACUUGGAUGUGAGGAGCAACAAAUUUUUCUGGACAUUGCAUGUUUCUUUGUUAACAAGAAAAAAAUUAAUGCAAUGUAUAUGUGGGAAGCUUGUUCCUUUUACCCGGAAGUUGAAAUUGAUGUCCUUAUCCGUAAGUCCUUGAUCAGGAUUGAUUAUGAUAGAAUAUGGAUGCACAAUCAGUUAAGAGAUCUUGGGAGAGAAAUUGUUCGUCAAGAGAAUAUCAAAAAUCUUGGAGAUCGAAGCAGAUUGUGGUUUCUCGAGAUGUCCCAAGCAAAAAAGGGAACAAAAAAUGUGGUAGCACUUGCACCAAGGAGAUCAAGACACAAUUUCACACGCGAAGAUUUUGCGAAUCUCAAGAAUGCAAGGUUUCUCAAAUUAUAUGGAGGGAACUUUGCUGGCAUCUGUGAGGAUAUUUUACCUGAGCUAAGAUGGCUUUGUUGGCGAAAUUGUCCUUCGCAACUUCAAGCAAACAACUUUGUGUUGAAUCAGCUAGUUGUUCUCAAGCUUUCAGGAAAUAUCACCAUAGAAGAAUGGAGUGGAUGGGUCGAAAUCAUGGUGGCAAGUAAAUUAAAAGUUCUGAAAAUUGCGGGAUCUAAAUCCUUAAUCAAAACUCCUUGCUUCUCUGAAUUUGUGAGUUUAGAGAGAUUGGUUCUGAAAGAUUUCCUGACAUUGGCCGAAAUUGAUCCCUCAAUUGGUGAACUACAGCGAUUGAAUUACUUGAAAAUCAAAUGGUGUCCACAUCUUAAAGAGUUGCCCAAGGAAAUUGGUUGUCUAACUGCCCUAAAAGAGCUCAUCUUGAUCCAGGGUCAUAAUGUUCGUUAUUUGCCAGACUCGAUAGGUAACAUAAGAGGUUUGUCAAGGCUAGUAAUAGAGGAUACAGGAUUAAUUGAACUUCCAGAAACAAUUAAAGGGCUGGUGGAUCUUAAGCACUUGUGUUUGGUGAAUUGUACUUAUCUAAAUUCGCUGUCGGAUGCUCUUGGGGAGUUGAAGUCGUUGACUGAGUUGGAUCUAUCUGGGACAACUCUUGGGAACCUGCCUUGUUUGAUUUGGAACCUCGAAGAUUUGACAUUACGGAUGAACAGUUUUGGGAUCAGAACACAACUGAGGGGGGAUUUCCCUAUGCAGGGUCGUAGUAUUCGUCAUUUGCCAGACUCGAUCAGCAAUGUAAGAGGUUUGCCAAGGCUAUCAAUGGAGCAUACCGGAUUAGUUGAAUUUCUGGAGACAAUCAAUGGGCUAGGGUUUCUUGAAUCCUUGCCUUUGUUGAACUGUACGAGUCUAAAUUCGCUGUCGGAUGCCAUUGGGGAGUUAAGGAGGUCGACUGAGUUGUAUCUAUCUGGGACAGUUAUUGGGGAACUACCUCCUUCGAUUUGGAACCUCGAAGAUCUAACAUUGUGGAUAUCCAGUAGAAAAGAGUUACAGCCGGGCGAAAAGAUCUCAGAGAUCUUGCAAUCAGAAAAAAGCUCCCAAAUAUACAUUCCUAUUUUCUCCAUAAACUAUGCUUCGAGUAGAUGGUGGCUCCGAGAGCUGAAAUCCAUGGUGGAGAGCUAUAGCCAAUCCCCAGGAAAACAGAUACUACCCGUAUAUUGGGAGUACUCAUCAAUUCGGCGACGCACCUGUUGGAUGCUUGAAGAGUGA